CCAUCCAUGGCGACUAUUGUAGUAAAUGGGCUUUGCCCCACCGGUCUCCGGCCGCUCCUCCGCCGCAAGAUGGCCGUCGCGAGGCGGCCAACUCGCGACGGCCCGUCACUUGCUUUGCAUGUCAAAGGAGGCGGCUUGAAGAUGAAUGGUAGUUUGAGCACAGAAGAUAACUCCGAGCUGUUGAAAGAGUCAAUGGGAUUGGACGACCGCGGCUCGCCACGGUGGUUUUCGCCUUUGGAGAGUGGCCGGAGGUCGCCGACAUCGCCACUGCUGCUCUUCUUACCAGGGAUUGAUGGUAGUGGACUUGGUCUUACUUUGCACCAUGGAAAGCUAGGAGAGAUCUUCGACAUAUGGUGCUUGCACGUUCCUGUUGCGGAUCGAACGCCACUGCCAGUUGUAGAUCAUCUCGAUACGAGUUCGUGAGCGCAAACAUUUCAUAAAUCCGAGUUUGGACGAGGAAGAUAUGGCCGAAACAAGAAAGUCGCGCGCAGCAGUGAAUAGUGCCCGACGAGAAUUUCCGAAUUUUCGGGAUUUUGCGGGAUUUUCGGAUUUUAUCAGUAUUUUCGAGCUCUGUACUGUAUUUAUCCCCUGUGCCUAUAAAUAGGUCAUCUUUUAACCUAUUCAGGGUUCCCAGCUUUAGUUUUUCAGUUCCCAACUUUUAUUUUUCAAUUUCAUAGCUUUAGAAUUUAUUGCUUUCCAGUUUUUACUGCUUGGAUUGGAUUUUCACAAGAUUGAAGAUUCAAGCGGCUACAAUUGUUCUUAUUCAGUUUUUAUAUAAUUCAGUUUUUAUUAUUGCUUUCUUUUUAAUUAUGUUUAUGUUUUAUUUUAUUAUGUCUGGCUAGUUUCCUUUAGCUGAUUCUAGGGUUCGUAAAUAGUUGAUUGAAUUUAUGUGAUUUAUUUGUUAAUACCUUUGUGCCUUCCAGUUUAUGAUUCAUAAUUCCUGGUGCUUAAUUUCUUGUGGAGUAUCUGGUCAAUAAUUUGCAUGUGUAGCUAUUCGGUUUGAGACCUAGCGGAGAUAACUGUUUAGCGGAUUCAGGAAUGUAUGAUAUGAUCUUAACCUUGAGACCUAGCGGAGAUAGGUGGAUCAUAGGGAGCUAUUCUUAGGAGCUAUUGGGAGUUAGUAGAUUUUCUUGAGACCUAACGGAGAUAGAUAUUUUACUAAUCUACGAUCGUUGCUGCUCUAGCGAGAGUGAUUGAUUAAUUAAGUGAUCUCUCAUCAUAACUGGAUUAAACUGGUACAUAGGAUUAAUAGAUUUAUUAUGUGGAUUUAGUUAAUGAAUUUACUGCCCUAGGAUCAGUUGUCUUUUAUAUUUGAAUUUUUCCUACGUGCUUUUAUUUAUCGUUAUUUGCGUUUUAGUUUAAGUUAAUUAAACCUUUCUGCUUUCGUUUACCUGCAUACUGUGAGAGUCUGUUUAGGAGAUAGCUAAAGUAGUUUCGUUGUGUCAGUCCCUGUGGAUACGAUACUUGAUUACCAAUUUGUGCUACAAUUGCACCGUGUUAGUUGCGGUAAUUUAUUGCUAAUAAUUUAGUGAUCAACUUUUUGGCGCCGUUGCCGGGGACUGUUUUAGAAAUUGCUUUAAUAUUUCCGAUAGGACUUAGUAGUACUUCAGGCGUUUACUGUUUAUUUUUAUUUUUAUUUUUCUAAUUCUCAUUUUUUUUUCAGGCACUGCAUACGAUGGCUACUAAUGAACAGAUUCGUGCUUUACAGGAGCAGCUGCAACAGCUGUUAGACGCUCAAGCUGCUAAAGAGGCUCAGAAACAACCAGCCAUCAAUGAAGCGUUCAUUCCGCAAUAUGUGUAUCAGGAGCCUCCACGAGUGAACGUUAACAACUUUGAGCUGAAAACGGGUUUGAUCACGAUGGUCCGACAGAGCCAAUAUGGUGGACAAGCGAUCGAAGACCCUAAUGCGCACCUGGCGCAUUUCCUGGAGCUGUGUAGCACGGUGAAGAUGAAUGGUGUCCCCGAUGACAUUAUCCGUCUUCGUCUUUUUCCCUUCUCACUGCGGGAUAAGGCGAAGUCGUGGUAUCAUACGCUGCAGCUGGGAGAAAAUAUCGUGUGGGAGGAUUUGGCACAUGCAUUCCUACGCAAGUUUCAUCCGCCUGGACUUACGUUGAAACUGAAGAUGGACAUCGUGCAGUUUCAACAGUACGAUGGAAAAAAGCUAGCGGAGAGUUGGGAGAGGUAUCAAGAGAAGUUGAGAAAGUGCCCAAGCCACGGAUUUGAUGAAGGCACGCUCAUUAUCAUGUUCUACAAUGCUUGUGGAGAGCGUACAAGAAUGCAUUUGGACACAGCUGCAGGAGGUUCUCUGCUUCAGAAAGGCAGUUCAGAGGCUUGGAACAUCAUAGAGAGUAUGGCUGCUACAAGCUACCAAUGGCCAGUAGAAAGAGUACAAUUGAAGAGGGUGGCAGCUGCUUCCAGUUCUGAUCCUAUGGCAGCAAUGGUUACUCAACAGGCAGCGAUGGCUACACAGCUGGCAGAGCUGACUACAAAAAUUGGUGCGUUGAAUGUUGGACGUCAUGAGCAAGCUGUGAUAGACCCGUUAGGCAUGGAAGAUGUCAAUUAUGUGAAUGGCAGAAAUUAUGGGAAUUUCCAGCGAGGACAGCCAGGAAUGUAUGACAGAGGUCAACAAUUUCAGCAGGGUCAGCAGCAAUUCCAGCCAGGAGCACGCCCGCAUCCUAACCUUUCUUACGGCAAUCCGAACAAUGCUUUGCAGCCUCCACCUGAAUUUUCUGUAUCUAGCGGAGGAGUUAUAAAUGAGCCGAAGAAAGUAUCACUGGAGGAUAUGAUGCAGCAGAUGUUAACAGAGAUGUCUAUCAUGAAGACAACUGUUAAUACAAGGAUGACAAAUUUGGAGUCUCAAGUGGGUCAUAUUGAAAAUAAUUUUUCAGCACUUUCCAAGCAAGUACAGAUGUUGGAGACUCAAGUUGGUCAGAUGGCCAACCAAGCAGCUGCGCAGCACACACCAGGAAAGUUUCCUAGCAACACUGAAAUCAAUCCUAAAAAUCAGUGUAAUGCGAUUCUUCUAAGGAGCGGGACUCAAUAUCAAAAUCAUACAGAGCAGCGGGAUCAUCCAGAGCAGCGAGACGACAGGAAUGGCAAGGGAAAAGGUGUCGAGAUUGUUGAGGAGGAUGAUUUGGAGACGAUUGUAUGCGAUACGCCGCCUACUUCUAAGGCAUCGAGUUCCUCUGCUGUUAAGAAGCCUAUUCCUACUCCUAUGUUUCCCAGGCCAGAGUACAAGCCUGUAGCACCCUUCCCGAAUAGCCUAGCAAAGCCAAAGAUGGAUCAGAAGUUAGCCAAGUUCAUGGAGAUGUUUUCAAAGCUUCACAUCAACAUUCCUUUACUUGAUGCUUUGAGAGAUAUGCCAGGCUAUGCCAAGUUCCUCAAGGAUGCAGUCUCCAACAAGAAGAAGUUGGGGAAAUAUGAGACGAUUAAUCUUUCCGAGGAAUGCAGUGCAGUGCUACAAAGGAAGCUACCAUUGAAGCAAAAGGAUCCUGGCAGCUUUACCAUCGCUUGUAUGAUGGGAGGACAGAAUUUCUCUCAUGCUCUGUGUGAUUUAGGGGCUAGCAUCAAUUUGAUGCCUCUCUCUAUUUUCAACCGGUUGGAGAUUGGAGAUAUCAAGCCUACCUCUAUUGCAUUGCAGAUGGCAGAUCGUUCCAUCACAUAUCCCAAGGGAAUUGUGGAGGAUGUCCUAGUGCAGGUGGAGCAGUUUAUUUUUCCUGCAGAUUUCGUAGUCUUGGACAUGCCGGAGGACAAGAAUACUCCAUUGAUCUUAGGACGUCCGUUCCUAGCUACCGGCCGUGCUCUUAUUGAUGUGCAGGAUGGAGAUCUCACAUUUAGAGUCAAUGAUGAAAAAUUGACUCUAUCUAUCUAUGAUGCUAUGAGAAAACCAGCCGAGCCGCCGCUGGAUGAGUGCAACAUGAUCGACUCUCUGAUAGCUUUUCCUGCAGCUGUAGAUGAUCCUUUGGAGGAGUGUAUCACACAGAAACCUCCACCAAAGGAAGUUCCCCAGAAUGAAGUGAUUAAUUUGGCUGACAGUUUUCUAGCAAAUUUGGAGGAUGAAGAGGUUGAGAAGAAUGAGCCCCCCAAGUUUGAAGCCAAGAAAAAAACUCCAAAACUAAAAGAAGUUCUGACUUUUGAGAAGUGUUUGUUUUUGGAGUAUGAUGGGGGGUCUUUGAAAACCCAUACCCCCAAGAAGAAGAAAGUGAAAUUCCGGAUUUUUCGGAAUAAGAAUGAAAAAGGGGCAAUGCUUGUGGAGGAUGUCCGAACCAAGAGAAGUGUUUUGGUGGAGAGGGCACCCAAGAGUAGAAAAACCUUCCAAUGGUUAGAAUGCUGUUUCCGACCUCCAUGAGUUUUUGAGGUAUCGUCGAGCUCUAGACGUUAAAUUAAGCACUUGUUGGGAGGUAACCCAACCUUUUUCUUUGUUUUGUUUUCCUUUCGUUUAGUUUCUUUUUGUUUCUUUGUUUUCUUUGUUUAGUGCAGUGUUGAGCUUGGAAGAUGCGGGAACUCGCGCCUUGUUCAUACCACCACCAUGGAGCAUAUUUUUUUUGUGAGUAGUGACACACAUAUCAUCAUCCCUCCAAACUUAUUUUCGAACUUAUGUUCUGUAAUAAGUUUGGGGGAGGGGGGUGAGAGUUGAUAUGUGUAUCACUUUUAUUUUUAUUUUUUUGUUGGCUUUAUUGCUUUAUCCUGCUUGGUUGGUGGUGUGUGUUUGUUUUGUUUUUGAGUUAAUUAUUGCUCCAUGAGAUUUCUGGUAAGAUGCCAAUGAUGAUUUCUGUGAGAAAAAAAAAAUUUGGAGUUUGAUUUUCUUUGAUGAUUUGAGCAUAAUUGGAACUAAUUUGCAUAAUUCUAGAGUGAUUUUGACCUUGACUUUUGGACGUUGAAUAAACCUGUGAGAUUUUGAGCCAUAACUGUUUAUAAUACACAGUUUAUUCUUUGUUGUGAGUUUUGUCAUGCAUGUGGUGAUCUUCUAGAACUUGCCAUGGUUUCUGUGUCGAGGUUGCUGUUGUGCCCAGGAUUAGGAGAUGAUUUUAGGCCAUCUUUUGUUAGCCACUUUAUUAUCCCAAACACUGUCUUUAACGAAAAAUUAUCCUUUGUUAUCCACUUUGAGCCUAUUUAGCUUUUAUUCUUUAGCCGGAUGAUAGGGGGUGAUGAAGUAUAUGGGCAUCUUUGUGUGGUGAAUAUUCAUAGUGGGUUGUGAAAAAAGAAGGGAUGAUUUUGUGUUACUAUUUACUCUUAUGAGCUCUAGAAAAGUUGUGGAAAGAAAAGAGAAAAAAAAAGUUGUUGAAAAAAAAAAGAGAAAAAAAAGAAGAAAAAAAAAGUGUAAAGUCGAGUGUUUAUUGAGAAAUUUGUUAGAAAAUCGACUUUGUGUGUUGGAAAUAAAUAGAGAGCAUAAAAGAGUGUUUAGUUCUGUUUUGUGAUGAUUAAAUCCCUUGAGUUGUGUUGAUUAUGGUGAUAUAGUUGGGUGGAAGAUGAAAUUUAUUCCAUACUUGAUUUGUGAUUUGUGAUUUGUGAAGCUAUAAGGUUGGUGUUCUUAAAUUAUUUUGAGUCACUUAGCCUAUAUUUCCCUACCUUAACCAAUGUCCCUACAUUAUAACCCAAAGAAAAAGACCUUUUUGAUCUUAGUCUUGGCACACUUUUAGCGAUGGAGAUUGUAGACGAUUGGCAAGCCUAUGGUAAGUGAUCUGCAUUGCAUUGAAUUCGAUGAGAGCAUACACGUCCUAUUCCAGCAAAUUGAGAGUUGAGUGAUACACAUACCUUGUGAGAUUCAAUUGUUUGGAAUGUCAAGGUUGAUUUUGCUAUAGGUUGUGUUUAUUGGUGAAUUUUGUGCUUGAUUAUUGAAGAUUUAAGAAUUCCAUUAUCCUUUAUUUUUCGGAGGCAUCGAUGAGCUAGAUUUCUUACCCAUUCGUGUUAUUAAUUGUGUUCUUCUCAUUAUUUGAGGACGAACAAUGGAUUAAGUUUGGGAGAGUUGAUAACACUCAUGUUUCCAUGGUUUUUAAUGUUCAUAUGAUGUUAAUUUUAUAGGAAAUUGAGUGUUGGAUGAUUGUUUUGUGCUUAAAUUGCUUUAUCUUGUGAAAUAUGUUACUUGGUCGUACUUUGAUGAUUUUUGCUGAAAUAUUGAGUUCGAAUUUGGAAAACUUUUCUGAAAUAAAAGUUGUAGAUCAUCUCGAUACGAGUUCGUGAGCGCAAACAUUUCAUAAAUCCGAGUUUGGACGAGGAAGAUAUGGCCGAAACAAGAAAGUCGCGCGCAGCAGUGAAUAGUGCCCGACGAGAAUUUCCGAAUUUUCGGGAUUUUGCGGGAUUUUCGGAUUUUAUCAGUAUUUUCGAGCUCUGUACUGUAUUUAUCCCCUGUGCCUAUAAAUAGGUCAUCUUUUAACCUAUUCAGGGUUCCCAGUUUUAGUUUUUCAGUUCCCAACUUUUAUUUUUCAAUUUCAUAGCUUUAGAAUUUAUUGCUUUCCAGUUUUUACUGCUUGGAUUGGAUUUUCACAAGAUUGAAGAUUCAAGCGGCUACAAUUGUUCUUAUUCAGUUUUUAUAUAAUUCAGUUUUUAUUA